UCGAUCAACUGAUUUCAUAUAUUUACUUGAGAGAGAAGUGAAUUUUGAAAAUGAUAAAUAUAUUUUUAUUUGUCUAUUGCUUGGUGAAUAGCCUUAUUGUUGAUGGUAUUCAAGAUCCACUUCUAGAGGAUUUAGUACAACUGGAAAAAGUUGCAUCAGCUAAUUUUGCAGGAGCAAUUCUUCAACCAGCAAGUGGUACUUCUUUCUAUGGAGUUAGUGGCGCUCUUAGUGUUUUUAAUCCAAAAGUUGAGAAUAAAGAACAAAUGAGUGUUUCAGCUAUUUGGGUUCUAAACAGAACUCCAAAUAAUUUUAACGCAGUCGUCGUUGGAUGGCAUGUGAUGCCUGAAAUAUACAACGAUGAUAAAACUCAUCUUUUUAUCUAUUGGGGGAGUGAUAAUCUCAAAAGAGGAUGCCAUAAUUUACAAUGUCGAGGUUUUAUUCAAGUUGACAAAUCAAUUACUCCUGGUCAAGCGUUCAAUCAAACAUCAACUAUUGAUGGAUUGACUAUCAUGGUUUCAUUAGGUAUUUUACAGGAUCCAAAAACAAAAAAUUGGUGGAUUUAUGUAAAUGAGAAAGGGAUUGGAUACUAUCCAGCAUCUUUGUUCUCCAGGUUGACGACUGUUGAUCAAGUAGCAUGGUAUGGCAAAACAUCAAAUGCUAUGUAUGCUCCAAGCCCUCCAAUGGGAUCUGGAGUACUACCAAAUGGUAUUUUGGGUCAUGCAUGUUAUUUUAAGGAUCUUGCAUUUGUUAAUAAUGAUCGAAAGCACCAAACACUUACAAAAGAUAUGGGGCAAAUAAAAACUACCCAUCCUCUAUGCUAUAGUGCUGCAUACUAUCAAGAUUUACAAACUGGAUUAAGUCUCCAAUUUGGAGGACCUGGUGGGGGAAAGUGUAAUUAA